AUGGAGGUGAGCUCCUCAGAAACAAUUAGCACUGCUGGAAGCGACGCCAGUCCAAUCACCUCUUCCACUUUGGAAAUGGAACUUUUUUCAGGUUCUACAGACCUAGAUGACUAUUACAUGAGGGCUGAUGAAGGGCCCUACGUAAGAGAUCCGAACGAGCCGUGGUUUUCCGACGAGGAUGUUGUUGGACACAUCGUCGAAAGUCUCUCAGCGACAACCAAAAUCAACCCGAAGGCACUGCGAACCUUUAAAAGUGUCCUCCUGUGCAUUGCGGAUGAUGAGGAAUUACCGCCAAAAUUGUCGCACAUUUUUAAGCAGGCUCGUGGUCUCCAAAGCCCCUUCGCGCAUGACAGUGAUAUGAAACAGCUGUUUGUUUUCAAGGAUGUUGUUCGUACGCUUGCUGAGGCUAAACUAAUAAAACAGGAGAAUGCAAAUGAGGAGGCUCUUUUUAAAAUACGCGACGCCCUGACCAACGUGACGAGUGCAACCCUAGAGGAAUGGGCUGUUGACAGGGACGUAUUGGUAGACGGAGUUCCUAAAUUACCGAAAAUGUCUACGCAUCAACUUGUGGCACUGUUACUCACCGGAGAAUUAGAAAAGACCCGAAUAAGGCGGAGCUUCUUGCCACCCGUAACUAAACUGCCUCCCUCGCGAGUGGCCUCAACUGUAAUAAUUGCCCAGGUAAGUCAGCAAUUUCUUUCCUUGGGUUCUGGUGAGUUUUUAAAAUAA